GGUGACCCAGCCUGACUGCUAGCAUAUACAGACACACUCUCCUCUGGUCCCCAAAACUCCUUUCUCUGCUGCUGUCUUUAUUUUUACUUUAUUUUUGCGUGAAAAUCCUUUUUAUCGUUUUUCAAAGAAAAGCUCUGUGACAGACUGAUGGCUUUGAGAAUGGCUGUGCUGCUUGGCUUUGGAGCUGUCCUCUGUGGUGUAAUGAGAAUACAGCUUGGUGAUUAGUGCAGUGGCAGUCAGAGGCAGCCAUGUGUCAGUCAGAAAUGCCGGAGGCCAGACUGGGCCUGGACAGUCCCGACCUGCUCGUGAGAGAGGCUUUUCUAAUGGCCCAUGACUACAUAGACUAUGUAACCAGAGGUGGGGCAGAUGGGGAUAUGGGUCCUGCCCCUACAGCCUGCACGGCAGCCCUGCGCCACGCCGGGGACGAGCUCCUUAUCCGCUUCCCCAUCUUCUUCAGACGCUGGCCUCGCAUCUUCCAGGACGUGACGAAGAACACGGCGUGCCCCAUGCUCGUGAGCAUCCUCGAUGAGCACUUCUUCCCCCCCGUCCCCAGGGGGCAGCGUAGGGACCUGGCCUGGAGCGCUGUGCUGUCAGUGUAUGUGCUGGCUGGCCAGAUGGCUCUGCACUGCCACGAGAGGGACAUGGUGGAGGUCCUCCCCCAGCUGAAGGAGUGUGUGGGGGCCUAUGUGGAGAAGGUCAUCUGCCCUGAGAUACAGGACAAGGGAGGAUGGAGCGGCUUCAUAUCACGCUUUGGAGAGAAGCAAAACUUGGAGGGGCAAGUGAAGAAAGUGUGCUGUUGGACACUCACGGCAUUAGCCACAAGCAUCCUCUUCUACAGCCUGUGGAAAAGAAUGGCUUAGCAAACACUGCCAUCUUGUGACUUUAAGCGGUUACUGUUCAGAUGCAUGCUGUCACAUGAAAGAUGUCUGCACGGGUGUUAUAGUGCGUUUUUUUCUGUUGGAACUUCUCAAACACAUCGACGUGGCUCACACAGAACAUCUAGUGUUCUAGUCGUCACAUGUGCAUCCCUGUGACCCAUUUAAGCCACUCUAAUAGUCACAUGCUGGUUAAAGUUGACGGCUAGUGAUGUCAGUGCAGCAGUAUGUGAACUCUAACCUGGUAUUAUUACACCAUUGUAGUCAGGAUUAGAGCACAUUGACCAGUCUUUUGAAAAAGUAUUCAUGGAUAAUUUAUGCAUUCGCAAUUAAAUGCAGUUUUGUUUUUUUAAGUUAAAACUUAAAAGAAGCACUGCUUAUGAGUAUGCAGACAUGAGUACUAGGAUAUGAUAUUCAUGAUAAGAUGAUCAGCUAUGCACUUUAUAUACAGUGCACAAAUAAACUCCUUAAAUCUGCAUUAGGUCAUUAAAGCCAGGGAGACGUCAAAUAUGCAGUGAGCUUUUUAUUCAGGACACUUACACAGAACUUGGAAAAACACAAAAAUGAACAGCAGAAGUUUUAGAGACAAGUAGAUUAAGGCAGGUCCUCGUCGCCUUCCUCCUCCUCAAACUCGCCCUCCUCCUCAGCGGUGGCG